AUGUCCCCCUUUAGCACCAUCAGUGGCAUUUUGGAAUUAUCUCAAGCUAUGAAAAGAACCAGAAUCAACUUACAGUGGUUAAGAAUCCGCCUGCGCAAAGGGAAUGCUUCUGUCUCCAGUCUCCUGAUGGCUUUUGGAAGAGGCCAUAUGCCGACCCUCCCAGUUUCACAAGAAAUGCAACACGUUAGUGUCCAGCUGAUGCGUUUUGUUUAUAACUUGUCAGAUACAGGGAUUUUCCCCAAUUCGAGCUCCAGGGCAAUCAAGACUGCGGAAUCCCGUACCGACACCAAGGGAGACAUAAAUAAAAAGUACAGGUGUGCGAGCAGCAAUCAGAUCCGCAUGCGCAACGUGACCAUCGGGCUCCGUGACGCCACCCUCCAGGCCUACCUCUCCAGCAACAGCUUCUGCAGGCAGGAGACGACCUGUGAGCAAGACUGGCCCUCCCCGCCCACCCCGGCCGCGCCGCCCCAGUCCUCGCCCACCCCGGCGCCCAAGAGACCCUCGGGGUCCAAGUACAACGUGAGCGUCACCAGCGGGACCUGCCUGCUGGCCAGCAUGGGGCUGCAGCUGAACGUCACCUGCAGGACGAGGGACAACACAACGGUGACCAGAGAGUUCAGCAUCAACCCCAACAAGACCACCUUUGGGGGGAGCUGCACAGCCCAGCUGGGGACCCCGGAGCUCCGCGGCAGGAACCUGCUCCUGCCGCUCCAGUUUGCGAUGACCAAUUGCAGCCGGGUUUUCCUGCAAGGAGUCCCGCUGACGCUGACUCCGCCCGAUGCCGGAGACCCCGGCUUCAAGGCCGCCCACGGCCCGCUGAGGGCGCUGCAGGCAGCCGCCGGGAGCUCCUACGAGGGCAACGCUGAGGAGCGCGUGCGGGUCCCCGAGACCUAUUCAGGGUGUGGGUCGGCGUUCCGCGUGGACGGGGACAAGUUUGGGCCUGUGGAGGAGGGUCAGCUGGGUGAGAAGAGCAUGCUGAGCCCCAUCGCCGUGGGAGGCGCCCUGGCAGGGCUGGUGCUCAGCGUCCUCAUCGCCUACCUUAUUGGCCGGAAAAGGAGCCACGCCGGCUGCCCGCACCCGCCGCGGACCAGCAGCAGCUGCGCGGCCUCGGGCCGGUUCCCUGGGCUUAGAUUGCUGUUGAGGGAGGCACCCUUUCUUGCAAACAUCUGCUUUAUCCAAUGUGAAGUUCAUCCGGCCACAGUUACUAUUGACAAAAGAGCAACUAUGGAAAUGACGGUGUUAAUUUUGCUAACUGGGUGUAAGCCUUGCAAAGGGAGCGUCUCUGGUCUUAAUGCUUUGAUGAAGCCUGGUAGCUGUGAGCCUGACGCGCUGAAGAAAUCAGUAGGAACGAGAAUCGUAGAGCAGUAG